GUAAUGAAUAGCAUUUGAUAACAUUUCGUUACCUAUAACCUCUCUUCUAUAGGAUUAUGUGAAAAAUAUGUCCUAAGUUUAGAUCUCUUAUAUUUAUUUAUAACGGUAUAAUGAACUGCAUAAGAUUAUUUAAAUCAAUACAACGGUCUCAAUAUUCAUUUUUGCAAACUGCAAAAUAUGCCAUAAAUUUUAAUCAUCCAAUUAAGUUUUCGGAGACAGAGGACCGAUGGAAAGAAAAGGAUAAUGUUUCCAAUAAAUGGCAGCUGAUUUACAAGGGCCCUAUGGAGCCUUCACUAAAAUUUUUAUCUGCGUAUAUUACAUUUUCCACAGUUACGAUUGGCUGCAGUGCUAUCUAUUAUGCAGCUUUUCAGUUUGAUGUAGCAACAAUGAACGACCCUGUGGUGCUUGGAGAAGAUGUUGUAAUAGCAAACAGUGCCGUAGAGUGCCUAGUAUAUCUAGGCGCUUUUAUUAUAUUCCAUACAGCUAUUAAAAUACUAUUGUCCAAAUAUGUAGUAAGAUUGUACAGAGAUGGUGACAAUUAUUUGGCUAUAUUUAGAGGACACUUUUUCAAUUCUAUCAAAAAACAUCACUUCCAUUUGAAUGAUUUUAGGAAACUGAGUCCUACAUUUGUUGUUUCUUGGGGUGAUGCCAGAUUUGGCCUUGGCAAAAAACAUUCUAUAUUGCUAGAGAACUACUUUAAAACUCCAAAUGACUUCAACUAUCUGUUAAAUAAGAAAAACGCAGAUAGUCCUGAGAGUGAAGUAAAGAUUUAAGAUAAUAGCAAAUACAAAAGAAAUAAAUUAUUUACUUCCCAAAA